AUGGCUGGACUUGAGGACACGACUGAUCUGAGGUUGCCUUCAGCAUCAGAGCCAAUAAAGAACAUAGUUUUGGUGGGACGUACCGGAAACGGAAAAAGCGCCACUGGAAACUCCCUUAUCGGAAAACAAGUGUUCAGGUCAGAAACACGAGCAACCGGUGUUACCAUGAAAUGUGAAACAUGUGUAGCGGUAACACCAUGUGGCACGGGAAUCAAUGUGAUUGACACUCCUGGUCUGUUCGAUCUGUCUGUGUCCGCUGAAUAUCUCAGUCAGGAAAUCAUCAAUUGCCUUGUUCUUGCGGAAGAUGGACUACAUGCUGUGGUGUUAGUUCUGUCGGUGAGGACUCGGAUUUCGCAAGAAGAAGAAGCCACACUUAAUACCUUACAAGUUAUUUUUGGGAGUCAAAUCAUUGACUAUUUAGUAGUAUUAUUCACUGGUGGUGAUGAGUUGGAAGCAAACAAUAUGACAUUGGAUGAUUACUUGUCCAAAGGUUGCCCUGAAUUUCUGAAGACAGUUCUUAGAUUGUGUGGGGGCAGAAGGAUCCUCUUUGAUAACAGGACAACGGACGAAGGCAAGAAGGUCAAACAAGUUCAGGAACUUCUCGCCCAUGUUGCAGCCAUUGAAAAGAGCACUAGUGGGAUUCCGUUUACGGACGAAAUGCACCGUAAAAUACAGAAAGAGGCGGAGACGCUUAGGGAGCAGCAAAAAGAGGUCGAAUCUAAGGACCUUGCAGCUGCCGAGAUUGAAAAAUGGAAGAAGCAUUAUCAAACAGAGCAUGACAAAAAUAUGAACAUGAUGGCAGAGAUGCUAGGGAAUAGGCUAAGAGAGGAUUCCGAAAGACAGGAGAAAAUGUUGCUUGCGCUGAGAGAUAACCUUGAGAUUUCACAAAGACAAAACAAAUUGAACGAACUUACUGAUAAUGAGCCUGAUCUCAUACAUUGUGGGGUUUCACUUAGGCGGAUGCCAUGCAACAUGUUAUGA